AUGGAGAGCUUCAUGGAAUCGCUGAACAGGCUGAAGGAGGUCCAUGAGAAGGAGGUCCUGGGCCUGCAGAACAAGCUACUGGAGCUGAACUCCGAGAGGUGCAGGGACGCACAGAGGCUGGAGGAGCUCUUCGCCAAGAACCACCAGCUCCGAGAGCAGCAGAAGGCGCUCAAGGAAAACCUUCGGGUGCUGGAGAACAGGCUGCGGGCUGGCCUAUGUGAUCGCUGCAUGGUCACCCAGGAGCUGGCCAGGCGGAAGCAGCGGGAGUUCGAGAGUGCCCAGCUGCAGGGCCUGCAGCGCAUCUUCCUUCUCACCAGCGAGAUGAACGGGCUGAAGGAGGAGAAUGAGGCCUUGAAGGAGGAGGUGAAGCGGCUUCGGGGCCUGGAAGAGAAGCCCAAGCCCCUGGCCAGGGAGGGCACCUCAGACCCUCUGUCACCCCUGCUGCUCCCCUUCCCCGGCACCUGGAAGGCCAUCACUGAAAAGCCAUCGGGCGACCCCAGGGAGGCUGAGGAAGACCACCUGGGCACAGAAACGCCAACAGGGCACAGGAAAUCUCCAGUAGCCAAAAUUUCCCCAGGUGCCAACCUGCCUGAGCCAGGGGCCCCGGACCUGAGUCCACAGCACAUCUCCAACCAGCUACACGGGACCAUCGCUCUGCUGCGGCCCGGGUCCCGCUGCCCAGCUGACCGUGGCUCCACCAGUGGGACGCCCCCACCACUGUCUGCCAAAAAUAGCCCAGCCAGCCCACCACUGUAUGAGCACAGCUUUCCCCUGGACAGCUUCCUGUGGGCCUCCCGGCCCUCUGCCAUGACCCAUGAGUCCCUGAAGCGGUCCCCUCAGGCUGAGCACCUCUGCGUCCUAAACCACCACCUGUCCCUGCACCUUCGGAGCCCCCACGGCCACACUUUGGCCCCUACUGCAGCCCCUGGCAACCCCAGACUCCAAGGCCUGAAGACAAGAGAGGGAGAGGCCUGGGAGGAGCCCACGCAGGACCCACAGCUGGAGGGGGCGCUGCGCCUGCUCCUGGCCCAGCAGCAGCUACGGGCAAGGGCAAGGGUGGGUAGCACAAGCUGCCCACUCAGGCUUGGGGAGCCGCCACCCUCCCCGCCAGUUGGCUCAGACUCUGAGGGCCCUGAAAAUGAGGUGGCCAGGGCAGCUCCAGCCACAGCAGGCCUAGGCUGCUCCAUCAGGGAAGAGGCCACAGCCACACCAGACAAGCCCCUGGACCUCUCAGACCGGGGCCGAAGCCGAGACAUCCCCAAGCCAGCCAGCCAGCCUGGGUCUCUCAGCCCCACAAUUGCCCACACGCCCAGCCCUGAGCCAUCUGCCCCAUCUGAAGCCCUGACUCGCAGCCCCCAGGCACUCAGCAAUGGCACCAAGAGGACCCAAGUGCCACAGCCAGAAGAGCCCCCUGCUCUCACAGACUCCUCACACUUCCUCCCAGGGGCCCAGCCCAGCUUGCCCUCUCGAGGCAGGAUAGAGGAUGAGGCCAGAGGAGGGCCUGACUGCAGUGGCCUCCCAGAGCCCAGCAAGACCAAAAUGCAGAGACCUGAGUCCAAUGAAUUGGAUAAGCCAGACAGCUCAAAUAGUGAGGGAGACCCAAACUCUGAGGCCAGUGCCAAACUACACAUGCCAGAGGAGGGGCCCAGGUGCAUCUACACCAUGGAGCAGGGUCUGCAGCAUAAGAGGAAGCAGGCCUCAGACCUGGAGGGCCAAGCCUCCAAGAAGCUGUCCCGGGGAAGAAGGAAACCGAGGGAGGCAUUGACCACAGCUGAGGGGCCAGGAAGCCCAAAGGACACCCAGGGCUGCACCCCGUCCCCCAACAGCAGCAGCUGGGAAGAGACCUUGCCGCUGACUGAGGGGCUUGCCCAGAGGUGGCUCUCCACCUGA